GAAUUAGUUUCGCUCAUUCUGGAUGAAGAAUGCAGGAAGAGACUGACUUCUGCAUGCAGCAAGGACCUUCAGGAUUUCCCAGAGACCCGUGGUCCUGUGAUCCUGGAAGUUGGCUGUGGCUCAGGAGCAAUUGGUUUAAGUCUUUUGAAAAAGCUUCCUCAUAGUCAGCUCAUUGCCAUCGAUAAAUUGGAAGCUGCUGUUAAUCUCACCAAGGAAAAUGCUGAACGCUUACAUCUACAGGAAAGAAUCCAUAUCUUUCACCAUGAUAUAUCUUCAUGUCCUUGGGAAUGCCUACUGCCCUGGGGUUUGGUAGAUACUAUCAUCAGUAAUCCACCUUACAUUUUUCAUGAAGAUAUGACUUGCUUGGCAGCAGAAAUUCUCUGCUUUGAGGACCUUGGUGCCCUGGAUGGAGGAAAUGAUGGGAUGAGCGUCAUCAAAGAGAUUCUGAACGUGGCCUCUUACAUUCUCAAGGAUUGUGGGAGCGUGUAUUUGGAAGUUGACCCCAGGCACCCUGAAAUGGUAACAAAUUGGCUGUCUAGUCAUCCUGAUUUGUUCCUCUUUGUGUCUGCUACCCACAAGGACUUCUGUGGAAAGCCAAGAUUUUUACAUAUCCAAAAACGUAGGGAAGAAAAUCACCAAAGAGCAUGAAUAGUUCUGUCUCCCAACCCUGGAAUGUUUACAGCACUUUCUAAGGGUAUGUUCUCAGACAGCUAGAUGUCUCUUGAUAGCACCUGCCAACUUGCAUUUUGCUGAGGAUGAUUUUAUUUCAAAUUUCCAAGUUAUUGUGAUUAUUCCAGUUAUUACAUAAGAGACAUACCAUUUAUAUCAGAUCUGUAAUAGUUAUUUUUCUUUAUCUUAUAAUCACUUUACACUCUUCAAGUCAGUGGGGAAGGUUGCAAGCAGAGGGGAUGGAGGGGAGCUAAAAUCCUUCUGCGGUCUUCAGGAACGGAGCUCAAAUCCUGAAGAUUUGAGCUCCAUUCCUCCAGCCUCACAAAGGAUUUCCCCUCCAUGCAUGGAAAGGAGGGUAAACCCUCUGCUUGGUGGUCUGAAAUCCUUCAGGAGGCAGCUCUUUCAUUCCACCUGCUUAACAACCCAGGAGAUUGCUUAAUGACCGCAACCAGGAGUGCCCAGAUUGUGGUCGUUCAGCAAAGCAGUCAUAUGGGCAUCUUGCUUAAUGACCACUUCACUCAACAAUCAAGAUUCUGGUCCCAAUUGUGGUUCUUAAGCAAGGACUACCUGUACUCAGCUGUAUUCAGCUGUUUGCAUUUUUUAAAAUUUGCCCAAUAAGAUCACUGCUUACCUGCGAGAUGGAUCCAAAUAUAACUUUCCACUGGUAUAGGCUGCCUGUAUCCCUGUACUGCAUACUUCUAUUUUCUCCCUUCUGGUAGCAUUAAUUUCCCCAUCCUUGUGCCAAAGAUGGCAUGAUAUGUAAAAUGAUACAGCAAAUGCUGACCAUAUCUUAAGGGCACAAAUGGAAUUAUCAUUUCUUCCAUGAGGUGGGUUUCUUUGCCAAAGUGUAUUGUUAAAGGACAAUCUGUCUUUCUCGUUACAAUGUGUACCAUAACAUCUAAUACACUUUUGGCAAAAGAAUACAGAUGCCUUUCAGAAGAUAUAUUAACAUGGCAGCCUUUAAGUUGUGUGACACUCCCAGACCUGUGGAGUCCUUGGGGUUCUCUGAGCUUGGUUCUUUUCUUGCAAACAUUUCAUUACCCAGCUAGGUAAU